AUCGUAGCACUGUUACCAUGGUGAUAGGGGAAGGAAUUCCCCCCAAACGCGAUGAAAGUUUUCCGCCGCUAGAGGGCAGCAUGUGUUGUUGGUGAGUGUGAGUUUGGGAUGAUACUCUAAUGGAGAAGAAACCGGAAAACAACCAGGCUGCGACGAUAGAAUGAGAACUGCCAAACGUGAUUUAUUUUACAGAGAAAAUGGCCGACCAAUUACUCUGUGAUUUCGAUAAUUCCUGGAUUGGCACACGAAUCAUCAGAAGUUUAUCUAACAGCAGGGUACCCAAAGUCAUUUAUAAAAAUUCUACAUUUUAACAUAUGUAUAUAACUGCUGUUUAAAUCUUGCAUGUCGGCUAUAAUUUCGUGCUCGUUGGUGCGUCCAGUAGCCCGGCAUCCCGAGACUACACCUGUACGUAUAUACUGAACCCGUCUUAUUGUGCUACAUCAACCUGCCCUGGCUCCUUGCUACAUACACAGUGUGUGUGGGAUGGGGAAGUUUAACAUCUACAUUUUGUAUCUACUCUCCAGUGUGUAGUGAAUGGAAUACCAGUACAUUAAAAACAAAAUGCAAGUAUGAUGAUCUCCAUGACAGAGUAACGUCAUACAGCCGACAGAGUAUAGACGACACUGGAUUGAACACGUCAUACUGUCAUGUUGCCGGCUAUGAUACAUCAAGAUAUAUGAGUGAAUAUGACAACACCAACCAAGGGAUUGCUGCUGCAAUGGCCGAUGAUAGUUGUCUCCCUUCUUUGUUGGAGCAUCCCUCCAGUUACAGACGGUCUACAACAAAUGUUGAAUACCAACUCGUCCCGGUCUUGUAACCAGCCUCAUUAUUACGAAUUUGACAGUAUUUACAAUGUCAGCUCUAAUACAGCUGUGACCGGAAGUAAGUGCGAGGUGACUUUCACCAAGUCCACGUGGAGCGACACCAUGCGGGAACAGCGUUGCAGUCUUUGUGUAAAGAUCAAUACGUUCACGAUCCACAGCUGCCACUUCAAAAUGAUCUACCAUGACGGUCUGGCCGACGUCAAACCCAAGACGUUCGACUGCCACACAUUCCCGCCAUUGUUGUGGUGUUCUAGUAACAAUGACCUUAAACUUGUGUUCAAGGAGCUAAAGAAGUACAAGGGAGAUAAGUACUCGAUCGAUCUCCAGGUGAAACCCUACUGCUCCCAAAACAACACUGCAGGUAAGGGGAAACCGACGCCUUCCCCGCCCGGUAAGACGUAUGAGGAAAAAGUUCGAGAAGAGGAGAAACGUAGGAGAGACACGGUUAUCAUCGCCGGCUCCCUCAUCUCCACGGUGUCAAUCAUGUUUGUACUGUGCUACCUCACCUACUCCUGCUGGAAACGUAGGAACCCACGCUCCAGCUCUUCAUCCCCACCCCCGGGCACCUCCAGUAGGGGGUCAAGCUCUACCCGGUCAAAUCAUAAGAAACCCCCAGGAGUUAUAGCCAAUACGAGGAUUCCUAUGGACCGUUACCAUAGUGAUGGUCAACCUCGGGAGGGUCAGACUCAACCCUGGUACACCAUGCAUCCCAUGACCUUACCGUCGUCAGAGCUACAUAGUCAGGGGUACACACCCUCGCAUGACCAAUGGCUGGACUCCCGAUACACAAAGUUACCAGAACUAAAUCCGAAGCCGACGGAAAUGAAGGGGUAUACGUAUGUACCCUCACAGUCUCAUCGUCUUUCACCGACAAAGGAAGUAGUAUUCCGCGAGGACAUGCCACAUACACUAAGACCGGAUAUGCACUCAUAUGAUGCAGAUGUUGAAUUACCAAAUAUGGCGGGCCCUUCGCCUCUUCCUCCCCCACUUCCCCCGAGGCCAAAUCUCCAGCAAUACCAAUCAAAACAGUAUUUCAUAUAAUGAUGGCGAGUUAUCUCCCUUUUUUUAAAAUAGCCGGUAUUGCACAAGGCCGUUGAGGUCGGAAUUAUAUGUGGGUUAUGAUUCUGUUUGUGAUAUGAUGUCGUGAAAUAGCGACCGAGAACUAUGGACAGGAAAGGAUCAGAUCAUUAAUUCAUUAUCAAUUGAAAUGUCAUCUGACUGUCCUCCACGCCGGACCGGAAGUGGUACACUGGGCCACCUAAAUAGGCACAAGUUUGUCAUGAUCCAGCAAUAAAUGUAAAAAAACUGUACAUAUUGUGAGUGAAUGAUGAGAUGAAAGGGAUUAUUUAUUGUAAAUGCCGUGUGUUGAGUUCUACAUUUAUUUAUAAUCACAGAUUUAUACGGCUAUUAGACGAUUUCUUAAAGCCCAAUAUACGUAAAAAUCACUACAAAAAACAAACUUUAUCUUAUUUUCCCCGUAAUAUAUGUAACAAAACAAAUACUUUCCUUUAAUUAAAGAAAAUAAAAAUGACUGUUUUCAAUUUAGAUAAAAAUUGAAAAAAUCGGAAAACAUACAUUACCGCUCGCAGCGAUGACAUUGCGCAUGCGCAUAUUCCGCGUGUGUAAACAUGGCAGACACAGAACAGACGUUCACCAGCCGCUUCCUUUUUUUCAAUCAUACAUCAGGCCAGUUCUGAAUUUUUACGUUAUAAUUGUGCGUCGUAAUGUUUCUAAACUAAUUAUUCCUUCUAAUAAUUUCCCAAAAACUGAAUGUUUAUCACAGGAAUACCUCAAGUCUACGACAAGACUUCGCAAACAAUGUUUGUAAACAAAAUCUUACCGUAGACAUAUCUGCAUGUGCUUCCUCUUUAAGAAGAAACAUCAACUCUCGCGAGAUCAGGUCAUGAACUUUCCGACGUGGUUCGGCAACAAUCGUAAUUUCGAUGGCGGCGUGUUUAAAAUGGAGGUGUGUUUACAAAUAGCGAGUUUCAACUGCUCAUAUAUCAAUACUUUAUGCACAAAGUAAUGGUAACUAUUGUUUAAAUAACUUAAUUCUAACUACAUCUUACAGAAUAUCUCAAUAAUUAUUUGUGAUUCUACACUAAAUUUUUGGUGAAUGUUACGUAUAUUGGGGCUUAAACGGUCUGCAAAUCCACUUCUAGUCAUAUAUAUUUAGGUUUCCGCGAUCCUUGAUUUCAUCUAUCUGUUGUAAAAACAUUUUUUAUUUAAUACUAUUUAUUAGAAAUCCGUUUUGUUUCUAAGAUUACAUAUAUGAUUUAUAUGAUACAAAUUCCACGCAUCAUUUUCCCGUCGGUUUUUGUUAGAUUGUGUCUUUACAGUGUAUACCUAUAUGGUAGAUUAAUCCCUCAUUAUAUUCCAACGUGUCAAUGUGCUAUUGGUACAUGUAUAAAUAUAGAAGAAUAAAAAAUGAUCGAUAUUGUAAAAUAACAUUUUUUCAUAUGUGCGGUGGAAAAACGAAGAUAUUAAGUGCCAUUGAAGUUUGUGCUUAUCUACAACACAGAUUGUCAAAAUGUAAAUUGUUUGCCUCUUGCAAACUGUAGCAUUCACUGUUAUGACUCGUAGGAAGAAUCGUUUUAAAUCUUUGUAUCUAUUUGUUAUCUAUUUAAAAUGUUGACGAGACCGAUUAUCAUAUGGCAUUGUCCGUCCGUCCGUUUACUUACUGGCAUUUACAGAUCGCCUUCUGAUUUCUACCUAAUUAUUAUCAUCUCUUUAAGCUGGGAAGGAUUUAUAAUGAGGAUACGUAACAUUUAUUUUCAGAAUAUUACUGAUGGGACUUUUUCACCAUUUACCCUUUUUUCCCUCUGUUUUUCUCCGAUCUCUUUGCCAUUUUGUGUGCCUUUAAGAAUAUUCUGAUACAUUUUAAAGGUUCUUGUCGUUUGUUUAAUGUCUAAAUGUCAGACAAACGUGAUUUUCGUUUGUAAUGUAGCCAUUUGAUUCUAUUUUUGAAAGAGUUACUGCCCUUUGUGUCUUAUAUGAUUUGGCCGGCUUGAUAAUCAUGGAACUUGAAUGAACUUUCUAAUGAAGCCAUAUAUUUGGUGACUUCUCUUGUUUGGUUUCCUAGUUUUGUGGAUUUUGAUAUAAAAAAAACAUGAAAGUACAAGUGCACUUAGGUUUGGUUAAAAAAAGUAUUCUAAUGGAAUUUCUCGUGAUCAUAAAUAAGAAGAUGCAGAAUCCGUUAUCAUCGCGUCCUCUGUUUAAGCAGCUGCAUAUGAUCCUACUAACACAUAUACAGAUCGCUGGGAUUGUGUUCAGUACUCCGCCCCCGUAUGUACGUGUACGGAUCCGUCCUGUAGGUAAACAUUCAGUGCUCCGCCCCUGUAGGUAAACAUUCAGUGCUCCGCCCACUGUAGGUAAACACUCGGUACUCCGCCCACUGUAGGUAAACAUUCAGUACUCCGCCUCUGUAGGUAAACACUCGGUACUCCGCCCACUGUAGGUAAACAUUCAGUGCUCCGCCCCUAAAGGUAAACAUUCAGUGCUCCGCCCCUGUAGGUAAACAUUCAGUGCUCCGCCCUAUAGGCAAACAUUCAGUACUCCGCCCGUGUAGGUAAACAUUCAGUACUCCGCCCCUGUACAUAAAUAUUCAGUGCUCCGCCCACUGUAGGUAAACAUUCAGUACUCCGCCCACUGUAGGUAAACAUUCAGUGCUCCGCCCCUGUAGGUAAACAUUCAGUACUCCGCCCCUGUAGGUAAACAUUCAGUACUCCGCCCCUGUAGGUAAACAUUCAGUACUCCGCCCACUGUAGGUAAACAUUCAGUGCUCCGCCCCUGUAGGUAAACAUUCAGUGCUCCGCCCCUGUAGGUAAACAUUCAGUACUCCGCCCCUAUAGGUAAACAUUCAGUGCUCCGCCCCUGUAGGUAAACAUUCAGUGCUCCGCCCCUGUAGGUAAACAUUCAGUUAUUCGAAUCACUAGAUUUUGAUUACAUGCCACACCCUUUUUGGCUUGAACGAUAUGCCCGCCCAUAUCUGUCUUCCCCCUCCCUCCCUUGCGAGAGGUGAUGCUUCUGACCGGUCUCCUAACGGAAAUACACGUGUCAAGCAAAAUAAUACAAACGUGUACAUAUAUUUAUUACGUACAUAUGACAUCUGCAUGUAUAUUUA